GCCACUGUUAUUAUAAUUUUGUCUACCUUGAUAAUUCUUAUUAUAAUGCUUAUUAUUAUUGUUAGAAUAGGUAUUGGCUCCAUUAUUGGAGUUGGCGUUUCCAUAGUUAUUGUUACUAUUACCAUAGUAAUUGUUAUGUUGGUAGUACAGCAGUUGUUGUUGUUGUUGUUGAGGUACUUGUGCUUGUGCUUGUGCUUGUGCUUGAUGAUGCACAGUACUACCACUAUAAGAUGAGGUCAGAGUUGCAGUUGGAUGAGUAACGUGACCAUCAUUGACUACAUCUGAAGUGGUAGUAGAAACAGAGCCUGUAGACUCUGUGGUUGGCUUAUUAUCAGUCAUAUUGGCUGAGUGAUAAUAAGAGUUAUUCCGGGAAUAGACUAUGCUUCCUGAUUUGUACUGGGCUCUCACCUCUUUCGGUGUCAUUGAAAAUUUUUUUUUGGUAGGGUACUGGAUCGCUCGAGGUCGUGUGGGGGUGAUAAAUCAGGUAAAUUUUGCAAUCGUAGAUAGUGUCAAUAGUGUGUGUGUGUGUUUAGAUAGAGUAUAUGUGG